AGAAAAGGUAACUAAUAAACAUACUGAAAGAAUAUGGCUGCACAGAUACCAGAAUCUGACCAGAUAAAACAGUUUAAGGAGUUCCUGGGAACCUACAAUAAACUUACAGAAACCUGCUUUUUGGACUGUGUUAAAGACUUCACAACAAGAGAGGUGAAACCUGAAGAGGUGACCUGUUCAGAACAUUGCUUACAGAAAUAUUUAAAAAUGACACAGAGGAUAUCCGUGAGAUUUCAGGAGUAUCACAUUCAGCAGAAUGAAGCCUUGGCAGCCAAAGCAGGCCUCCUAGGCCAGCCACGGUAGAGAGGUCCUGAGGCCAUGGACUUGCACUGAAAGAUUGCAGCAGCUGCUGCAGUCAAAACAAGGAUUCACCUGGUGGAGAAUCCCCUGACACAGCAGGAGCCGUGGUCCACCAUCUGUCAUGACUGCCUGACCCAUGGAAACCACCAGAGAAAAAACACUGUUCACCAGAAAGAGUCAAAACAGAAGGCCUUCCUGUGCAGUAAAAAUGGUAAGAUGCGGUGUUGUUGAGGCCUUAAGAUUCGUCUGCGUGGUCAUCGUGAUUGCAAAAAUAAACCACUGUUCCUUUCUUUGUGACUGUUAAUUUUAAAAGCAAAAUAUGUGUUCAAUCAUGUAUGAGGUAGAAAAGAUUUAUUACUAAAAGUAAAUAAAUGAGAAU